AUGCACGAUCCUAUCGCCGAUGCAAAAGCCCAGGAAGCAACGCGCCAAUACACUUUCCGACCCGCUACCCCCACCGACAUACCUGCUCUCCAGAAAAUGAUCGGUUCUUCUCUCCGCGGCCUAGGAAAAGGAUAUUACAGUCAAGCCGAGCUCGAUGGAUCAAUAGGCUACCUCUUUGGCCCCGAUUCCGUUUUGAUAGCAGACCAGACGUACUACAUCCUUCACCCUAUCAACUCACCAACUACAAUAUGUGCUUGUGGCGGGUGGUCCUUUCGCAAGACGCUGUACGGCGGAGAUUCUGCACCCUCUCCUCUGCGUAUGCCAGAGAAGCGUGAUCCGGCUAUUGACCGCGCAAGUAUCCGUGCUAUUUUCACGUCUCCAGAGUAUGCGCGCAGGGGUCUGGGUACCAUGAUGAUGCGGUACUGUGAGGCGCGGGCGUGUGAAGGGAAGAGAGGUGAGACAGACGGUUUCACCCGGUUGGAAAUGGGGGCGACACUGAGUGGAGUUGCAUUGUACGAAAGAUGUGGGUAUGUGAGGAGUGGGAGAGUGGAUGUGGUCAAGUGUCCUAAUGGGGAGGGAAUCAAGAUCUUACAUAUGACGAAGGAUUUGGUGGCGUAA